AUGAUAAGAACGAUAAGAAAUAUUAGUGAUAAGAAUGAUAACAGUGAAGUUAGAAAAGGGGUGUCGUACGUUGGUGUUGGCGUCAGCGCGGUAGUGAUGGAAGGCGAACGUGCACGCGUGCGUGCGCGACAGUGGUGGGCGGGGCUAGCGUUAAUUAUUAUUAUAGUUAUUGUUAUUGAUUAUUAUUAUUUAUUAUUAUUAUUGGGCUCUCUUUUUUGUUAG